CGCGAUCGAACGAACCGCCCCCGCGGAUUUUCCUCCACUCCUUCCCGCCACAACGGAUAACAACCUCGCUAGCUACCUCAACACACCACCAGCAGCAGCAGCAGAGCGGCCAAGAACGACGACGAUGCAAUCCCUCCUGUCCUCCUCGGCGCUGCUCGCCAACCCAUGCACCCCGGCUAAGCUCGCCGCCGCUGCUUCGGUCUCGGUGGUUGCGCCGAGGAGAUCGGUGGCUGCGGCGGCGGCGGCUGGUGGUGGUGCCCGGUGUGUGGCGGUGGCGGCGUCGUCGUCGUCCCCGGCGGUGACCACGGCGGAGGCGGGGGAGGUGCCCGCCACGAUGAAGGCGUGGGCCUACGACGAGUACGGGGACGGCGGCGUGCUCAAGUUCAACGACGCCGCGGCGGUGCCGGCCGUCGGCGAGGACCAGGUGCUGGUGCGCGUCGCCGCCGCCGCGCUCAACCCUGUCGACGCCAAGCGCCGCGCCGGCAAGUUCAAGGCCACCGACUCCCCUCUCCCGACGGUGCCGGGGUACGACGUCGCCGGCGUGGUGGUGAAGACGGGCAGCCAGGUGAAGGGGCUGAAGGAAGGCGACGAGGUGUACGGCAACAUCAGCGAGAAGGCGCUGGAGGGGCCCAAGCAGUCGGGCUCGCUGGCGGAGUACACCGCCGUCGAGGAGAAGCUGCUGGCGCUCAAGCCCAAGGGCCUCGACUUCGCGCAGGCCGCCGGCCUGCCGCUCGCCGUCGAGACCGCCCACGAGGGCCUCGAGCGCGCCGGCUUCUCCGCCGGCAAGUCCAUCCUCAUCCUCGGCGGCGCCGGCGGCGUCGGCUCCCUCGCCAUCCAGCUGGCCAAGCACGUAUACGGCGCGUCGAAGGUGGCGGCGACGGCGAGCACGCCGAAGCUCGAGCUCCUCAAGACCCUCGGCGCCGACGUCGCCAUCGACUACACCAAGGAGAACUUCGAGGAGCUGCCGGACAAGUACGACAUCGUCUUCGACGCAGUCGGCCAAGGCGAGAAGGCCGUCAAGGUGGUGAAGGAAGGCGGCAGCGUGGUGGUGCUCACCGGCGCCGUCGCGCCGCCGGGGUUCCGCUUCGUGGUCACCUCCGACGGGUCGGUCUUGGAGAAGCUCAACCCGUACCUGGAGUCCGGGAAGGUGAAGCCGCUCGUCGACCCCAAGGGGCCGUUCGCCUUCUCCCAGGUUGUGGAGGCCUUCUCCUACCUCGAGACAGGGAGAGCCACCGGCAAAGUUGUCAUCUCACCCAUACCAUGAUGAGCGUUUUCAAUGCGAACAAUGGCAGAGCAUGCCGGUGCCUGACAUUCUGGGCUGCAUCAACAUAGGCAUUAUUUCGUAUUACAGUUCAUAUUUAGAGUUACAUUGUUGCAGAAGUUGUGUACACUCUGAUGAACCGCUGAUCGAGUAAUGUGCAGUUUGGUUUGAGUAGACAUGUGGUACCCAAAUGUUCUAAUGUUACAUGAGUUU